UAUUUACUGAGGCUUUGCAUUUAUUAUCUAAGUCCAAGAUGUCUCCUUGUUGCUAUGUUACAUUAUUAUAAAGUUUAAUUGAAUUAGUAAAAGAAUAUUCUAAGCUUGUUUCUAAAGCAGAUCACAGUAAUCUAUCUUUGGUUGAAGAUCAGAUGCCCUGUGACCUACAUCUAUCUAAGAGGAUAUGCAUACUGGAAAAGACAUCAUUUAAAGGACUGUCUCCAAACUAAAUAAAAGGACUCUUAUCAGGUACUCUUAACUAGCACAUGUACAACAGAACUGAAGGGAAUUGACUCCUGAAUUUGUAUUUCCAUUUAAGAAGGGCCUCUGCAUUGGACUGUCUAUAGAAAAGACUGCUGACCCCAAAUGACACUCACACCAGGAUGAGAAGAAGACAAUAGCAGUGGAAGACAGCUGACAUAAAAAUCUGGACCAGACCUCUGUUUACACCCUGGAACACUACUCAUUGGCCAAGACAAACUCUGCAGGGAAUAUUUCUUUCUCAACCACAAGUGGAUCACUAUCAUCCUUAAAGUUAUAUCAGAAGUGGAUUUUGCUUCCUCAGUUUAUCUGUAACAGUGAAUAAUUAUGGACAACACAGACACAUAUUUAUUGAACUUUAAAGGCUGUUAUUUUCAACGUUCUUUACUUGAUGUUGACCUUAUAGAACAUUUAGAUGAUUUUGAAAUUAGAGAUGAUGAUGUGUUUAUAAUUACAUAUCCAAAAUCUGGUACAAUCUGGACUCAGCAGAUAUUAAGCUUGAUUUAUUUUGAAGGACAUCGUAACAGAAGUGAACUGGUGAACACAUGUGAUAGAGUCCCCUUCCUGGAACACAGUGAACACAAAGUGGACCAUGUCAACAGACCAUCCCCUCGUCUCUUCACUUCCCACCUCCCAUAUUAUUUAGCACCGAAAGGUCUCAAGAACCGAAAAGCUAAAAUUGUUUACAUCUAUAGAAACCCCAAGGAUGUUUUGACUUCAUAUUUUCAUUUUUCAAAUUGGUUAGUUACAUUUGAACCUUCCGAUAACAUAGAACAUUUCAUGAAAAGGUUUCUAGAUGGAAAAGUGAUGGGAAGCCUUUGGUUUGAUCAUAUCAGAGGCUGGUAUGAACACAGACAUGACUUCAAUAUUUUGUUCAUGAUGUAUGAGGAGAUGAAGAAGGAUCUCAGAAGUUCUGUGCUUAAAAUCAGCAGUUUUCUUGAAAAAGAACUGAGUGAAGAGGACUUGGAUGCUGUUGUGAACCAGGCUACAUUUCAGAACAUGAAACUUGAUCCACAAGCAAAUUACGAUUAUAUUCUAAAAGCUAAAAACUGGACAAGAACAAAAGAAGGAGAUUUCCUGCGCAAAGGUACCAUCGGAGACUGGAAACAUCACUUGACCGUGGAGCAAAAUGAAAGAUUUGACAGAAUAUUCCAAAUGAAGAUGAAAGAUUUUCCCUUGAAGUUCAUCUGGGAUAUAAAUGAGGAGUAGAAUCAGUGUAAAACAAUCACAUAAAAAAUCUACCAGCCAGAAAGCAUAUUUUAAAUAUACAUACUAAUUUGUGCUGCUCACAUAAAUGUUAAUUAUACGACUUUAUUAAUAAGCAAAAUGAGUAAGCUGUACUUACAUUAGUUGCCAUGAGUUUGAUGGACAUUUUGAACAUUUUAAAUUAAAAUGAUUUGAGUAAUAUUCGGCAUUGGUAGCCAAUAUGACAAAAGGAAAAAUAGCAUGCAAAAUGAAUUCUGCAUGUCUUUUGAUUUGAGAUUGAGAUUUCUCAAAUGAUUGAGAUUUCUGUUGAGUGUAUUUUUUUCUUUAUCUAUAAUUACAUUUAGAAUUAAUCAACAUUAAAAGUCCUUUAUUUCUUCUAAUUAAACAUUAAUUCUUCGGUUUAAAAUCAGUAUGGGUGUUGAAAUAAAGAAAACACAUGUAAACACA